UAAACCCUAGUAUCUAUACUUCUACUUAAGUAUUGUUUGUGAAUACUUUUGUCACCUCUGUAAAUAAUGCAGUAAACAGGUAAAUAAACUAAACCUGUUUGUGAGCAGUUUUAGGUUCCUCCACAGGGGGCGCUGUUUCAUUACAACAACAUAGACUCAAAUCAUUUUAACUCUUUACUGGCGCUAAUGACAUAUAAAAAACGCAAAGUGUAUUAAAAUAAUUAAAACUAAAAUCACUGUAAUAAAUAAAAUUAAUUAUAACUAUUAGAAAGGUAGGUAACAAUAUAGUACCCAAUUUCCGGUCAAAGUGACGUCGUCCUUGUGCGUUACCGUAGCAACACUAAACGCUGUCUCUCCAACAUGGAGAACAGAAGUCUUUCAGAGAGUUACGAAGCCGUCUGUGCCGAACAUGAGAUAAAAACAAACCUGUAUAUUUUAGAGACUUUACAGAGGGCCACAGAAACAGGAAACAGCAUCUUAAACCUGAGAGGGAACGACAGAUUUCAUCACAWUCAGAGAAUCGGUGAUAAAGACGUCUUUUCUUUGUCCAAAUGUCUCCAAAACAACCAGAGAGUGACAGGUUUGGAUCUGAGAUACAACGACAUCGGUGAUGAAGGAGCCGGACACCUGGCUGACCUGAUCCAGGCCACCAGUGGAUUUUUGGCUUUUAUAACAGUUCUGAAAAACAACUCAGCUCUUCGUUGUGUUGAUUUAAGUCGACCGCUGCUCUUCAGUCUGCAGGAGGAGUGGACCACGUCCCUCUCAAACACGCUGCUGGUGAACAGCAGCCUGGUAGAGCUCCACCUGGGGAAAGUGGGGCUGACUGACACCGGCAUGGAGAACCUGGUUCAGGGCCUGAAGCAGAACCAGAGCCUGCGGUACCUGGACCUGAGCUGUAACCGUGUGGCCKGCGAUGGAGCGCUCUGUCUCUCUGAGGUGCUGAAACAAAACCGGACCCUGCAGAUCAUCGACCUGUCGUCCAAUCAGAUCAAGGAUGAAGGUUGUGUUCACCUGAGCAGAGCCAUCACCUGGCCCAGCUGCACCCUGAAGGAGUUGUCUGUCUGCAGGAACAACAUCAGCACCAAGGGUCUGCUGUCUUUGGCUCAGGCUCUGAAAACAAACUGGACCCUGACUCACCUGUACAUCUGGGGGAACCACCUGAAGGAGCCGGUCUGCCAGGCCUUCAGAGAGCUGAUGUCCUGCGGCCGCCUGGCGCUCGAGCACACAGACGUCAGCGCGUACGAGGUGGACGGACACGUUUUCCUCGCCGAGGUCAACCAGAGACUGAGGAGACACAUUUACAGCGCAGACGGUCCAAACAUGUUCUGCUGAUGAUGGACACGUCCUUCAUCUGGGUCCUUUGAGUCCAAAGAGGUUCUGGUCCGAGUCCAGCUGGAUCCUCCUGCUCCUGGUGCUGUACUCCAG